AUGAAAAUAACUUCGGUUGAGAGUUUUCGUGUUGAAGUUCCGAUAUCUGAGGAAGAACGGCAGAAGAGAUACUACAAUUCUUCGGCGAUUACGCGAGUCCAUACCGAUGAAGGAAUCACAGGUUACGGAUUCGAGGGAGUGGAUGUCGAUGUUGUCAGCCAGCUCUUAGUGGGGGAAGAUCCGUUUCAAAUCGAGCGACACCUUGAAGCCGGUUUGGAUAAGUGGUUCGGCGCAGAAAACGCGCUGUGGGACAUCGUGGGCAAAGCCGCAGGCCUCCCCCUACACAAGCUGAUGGGUGCCUAUCGCGAUGAGAUCCCUCUAUACCUGACCUGUGUUUGGCCCGGCGCAGCGGAUCAGACCGACGUGACCCCACAACAACAGGCUGAAGAUGUUUCGCGAUAUUCAGAACACGGAUACAAAGCAUUCAAGAUUCGCAUUUUCCGUCCAGAUCUGAUGGAUGAUGUCGAAGCCAUCAGAUUAAUACGCGAACGGGUUGGCGGCCGGGAUAAAAUAGAAGUGAUGGUAGACAGAACAGGGGAAUACUCGGGUUCCACUUGGGAUUAUGAUACCGCGCUUCGCGCCGCUAGAGCAUUGGAGGAGGUUGAUGCCACUUGGCUGGAAGAACCCUUCACUCGCGGCGACAUACACCUGCACGCCCGGCUGCGAGCAGAGACAGACAUCGCUAUCACCGGUGGAGAGCAUCAACCGGAUAAGGUGUAUCGGGGAUAUGUUCAAGGUGAAGCGUUUGAUAUUGUCCAACCUCAUUGUGCUAACCUAAUCACCACACUAAAAAGGGUGGCAAGUAUGGCUGAGAUGUUUGGCAUGGAGUGUAUUUUUCACGGCUCACACGGGAUGAAUCUGAUCUAUUCACUGCAAGUUGCUGCGAACCAUCCGCACAUGCCGGAUGCAAGAAUUGGUCUAUACAACCCCGCCAAUCCUCCCUGA